UCUGUACAGUCUCAGUGUUCAGCUUCAUCAUGGCCGGACGUCUGCUGUUUGUCUUCUUCAUGUAUGUCUUUAAUGGGAUUCAAACAGAAGCUCGUCUUCCACCUAAACUUACAGUGAAUUCAGCAGUGAUCACAGAGACAGACUCAGUCACACUGAACUGUCAGACUCCAUCAUCAGUGUCUCAGUGUUAUUACCAAACUUUAAGUGGAGGAACUGUGAAGAUAUUAUCCUGUCUGCAGACACUGACAGGAAGUGAACUGCUGAAGAUGGAUCAUCAGAGUUCAUCUGCUGAGGUCAAAGUGAAAUGUUUUUACACUGUUCAGAGUGGAGGCAGAAAUGUUCCAUCUCCACACAGUGACACAGUCUCCAUCAGCAUACAAACUCUUCCUCAACCUGACCUGAUGGUGGAUCCAGCAGUCAUCACAGAGACAGACUCAGUCACACUGAAGUGUCAGACUCCAUCAUCUGUGUCUCAGUGUCAGUACUUCACUUUAAGUGGAGAAACUGUGAGGACAUUUUCCUGUCUGCAGACACUGACAGGAAGUGAACUGCUGAAGAUGGAUCAUCAGAGUUCACCUGUUGAGGUCAAAGUGAAAUGUUUUUACACUGUUCAGAGUGGAGGCAGAAAUGUUCCAUCUCCACACAGUGACACAGUCUCCAUCAGCAUACAAACUCUUCCUCAACCUGACCUGAUGGUGGAUCCAACAGUCAUCACAGAGACAGACUCAGUCACACUGAAGUGUCAGACGCCAUCAUAUGUGUCUCAGUGUAAGUACUUCACUUUAAGUGGAGGAACUGUGAGGACAUUUUCCUGUCUGCAGGCACUGACAGGAAGUGAACUGCUGAAGAUGGACCAUCAUAGUUCAUCUGCUGAGGUCAAAGUGAAAUGUUUUUACACUGUUCAGAGUGGAGGCAAACAUUUUCCAUCUCCAGAAAGUGACACAGUCUCCAUCCGCAUACAAACUCUUCCUCAACCUGACCUGAUGGUGAAUCCAGCAGUGAUCAAAGAGACAGACUCAGUCACACUGAAGUGUCAGACUCCAUCAUAUGUGUCUCAGUGUUAUUACCAAACUUUAAGUGGAGGAACUGUGAGGACAUUUUCCUGUCUGCAGACACUGACAGGAAGUGAGCUGCUGAAGAUGGAUCAUCAGAGUUCACCUGCUGAGGUCAAAGUGAAAUGUUUUUACACUGUUCAGAUUGGAGACAGAAAUGCUCGAUCUCCAGAAAGUGAAUAUUCCUCUGUCUCUGUUCAAAGUGAGCCAAACUCAAACAAGGAGAGUCUCAGCACUUUGACAACCUCAGUUUCUAUUGUAACUUCACCUGCUGAUCAAGGUCCGACUGUAAGUCCUCCGGAUACUAAAGAAUUGUGGAAUUGGACGUUUGUCUGGGUUUUCGCUGGUUGUGGAUCUACUGUGGUCAUCACAGUGAUUGUUAUUGUUAUUCUUUGGAAGAAAAGAAGAGCUGGUAUUGUAGAGAAAGAGUCCAGAAGGACCCAGAGAAUGCCAUCACUCAUCAAAACCCCAGGUAUGACAUUGUAUUUAUUCAAGAUCCCUUUUACAAACAAGUAUUAACAGCAGGAGCAACUUGGGGUUAAGUGUCUUGCCCAAGGACAGAUUGGACGUGUGGCUGCAGGAGCUGGGUAUCAAACCCUUGACCUCCUGGUUGAGAGACCGACUCUACCACUGAGACACAGCUGUCCCUUUAAUCCCUAUUGAAGGGUUAAAAAUCUACUUUGAAUAUGUACUUGUAAGAGUUACUACUUCAGACAGACACAUUUAAAACUAAAUUGUUAUUCAUUUCGAGUAUAAUGAAUUAAAUAGUGUUUAAUUUACUGAAGGUGCAUUUGGAGAAGACAUCAGAAAACAUUGAUGUCAGUAAAAGGGGUCAGGUUUGAAUGGCUGCUCUAACAUGCACCCAGCUGUAAAGGUUUUGGUGAAGCAUGAUUGAAGACUC